CCAACCAGGUGGAGAUGGAGCUUAGGAAGAUCAGAGAAUAAAUAGAAUUGCCGCUGCACUUGGAAAACUUGGGAGAGGAGACCAUGAAGACUUUGACUUUAAGGCAUGAGGAAAGAGCUCUGUGUUUUCAAGCCUCAGCCCCUUCCCGACACGGGGAGGAUGAGACCAGGUUUCAGGAGCCAUUGACCUUCAAGGAUGUGGCUGUGGUCUUCACCGAGGAGGAGCUGGGGCUGCUGGACUCGUCCCAGAGGAAGCUGUAUCGAGAUGUGAUGCUGGAGAACUUCUGGAACCUGGUCUCACUGAGUGAGGGUAACCCCGUAGGAGACAAGAAUGAAAAGGAAAUGGAGGACAUUCAAGAAAGAGAAUUAAAGUUCCUUUCAUGCAGAGAGCUCUCCUACUGGAAAAUCUGGGAACAGGCAGCUGGUGAAUUAACUCAGAGUCGAGACCAUAGAGUAAAUCUUCAAGGGAAAGAUGUCCGGUGCUCAAACAGUGCUCCCCUGUGGCAGGAGUGGGAAGGAGCAUCUACUCAGGGUUCACAAAUUGAAACUUCGGUGAACAGCCUUCAAGGAGAUGGGCCCGUCACUUUGGAAAAUCAAGAGCUUCCCACUUGGAAAGCAGUGAGACCAGUCUCCAUUCAAGAAUCUUGGACAACAGCCUUUGUGAAUGGGCCCAGGAAUGUUCUAGAAAGGAGUAAACUCGACAUGGAAGAUAUAAUGUGUAAAUGUGAGUGUGAUGGCUAUGGCUUCAGCUGUAGUGGUUACAGCGACCACAGAUUAGCUCAAAGAGAGAAAUCAUGUGAUUGUGAUAAAUGUAGAGAAGACCGCACUGAAAAGUCAGUACUUCAUCACCUUGACCCCGGAGAGAAUGGCUUGGUAAGUAAUGGAUGUGGAAAUGGCUUCAGGGACGAUUCAAACCAUCCUGCUUUUCCAAGAGUCCCUUUGAAAGAGAAACCCUGUAUGUUUCAUGAGUCUGGUCAGAACGUGAGGCAGACUGCCUGUCUUGAGAGACUUCAAAGGAUUCCCUCAGGAGAGAAAUCCUAUAAAAAUAACAAGUGUGGUCUGGGCUUCAGGCAGAACACAGGCCUUCACAACCACCCCUGGAUCCCCACAGGAGAGAUUCCCUACAGAUGCAGUGUGUGUGGGAAGAGGUUCAAGUACAAGUUGGUUCUUCUGAUCCAUCAGUGGGUGCACACGGGGAAGAAACCCUACAAAUGCAAGGAGUGUGGGAAGGCCUUUGGUCAAAGUGCCAUCUUACUUACCCACCAGAGAGUCCAUACCGGAGAGAAACUGUAUAAAUGCCAUGAGUGUGGACAGGGCUUCCGCUACAGCUCGGAGCUUCAGAUCCACCAGAGGCUGCACACGGGAGAGAAGCUCUACACGUGUGAUGAGUGUGCCAAAGUAUUCUGCGCCAAGUCUGCACUGCACAAGCAUCAGCACAUCCACUCGGGAGAAAAUCUCCACAGCUGCGGCACCCACCUCAGCAGUCAUCAGAAGACACACACAGGAGCGAAACCCUUCCAAUGUGACACGGGUGACAGAGGUUUCAGUCACAACUCAUACCUUCAGGCUCACCAGAGAGUUUACAAGGGCAAGCGCCUGCACGCAUGUGACGUGUGUGGUAAGAGUUUCAGUUACAGGUCGGGGCUCCUCAGGCAUCAGAGACUGCACACAGGAGAGAAGCCCUACAAAUGCGAGUGUGGGAAGAGCUUCAGCCGCAGCUCGGACCUCCACGUGCACCAGAGGGUCCACACGGGAGAGAAACCCUAUCAAUGUGUGGAGUGUGGGAAGGGCUUCCGGCGGAAUUCAGACCUUCAUAGUCACCAGAGGGUCCACACGGGAGAGAGGCCCUACCUAUGUGAUGUGUGUGGGAAGAGCUUUAUUUAUAGCUUUGACCUGGUCAUCCAUCAGAGGGUCCACACGGGGGAGAAACCCUAUAAAUGUGCUGAGUGUGGCAAAGGCUUCAAUCACAGCUCAGGGUUUCUCAUUCACCAGAGGGUCCACACAGGUGAGAAACCUUAUAAAUGUGAGGAGUGUGGAAAGGGCUUCAGAUGCACCUCAAGCCUUUACAAACAUCAGCAAGUUCACACAGGAAAGAAGCCCUAUACCUGCAAUCAGUGUGGCAAGGGAUUCAGUUACAGCUCAAAUCUUCGCACCCACCAGAGACUGCACACAGGAGAGAAGCCCUACACAUGUUACGAAUGUGGAAAGGGCUUCAAGUAUGGGUCAGGUCUCCUCAGUCACAAGAGAGUGCACACUGGAGAGAAACCAUAUCGCUGUGAUGUGUGUGGGAAAGGGUAUAGUAAGAGCUCAUAUCUUCAAGGUCAUCAGAGGGUCCACACUGGUGAGAAACCCUAUAAAUGUGAGGAGUGUGGGAAGGGCUUUGGUCGAAGCUCCUGUCUUCUUGUCCAUCAGAGGGUCCACACUGGGGAGAAGCCCUAUAAGUGUGAGGUGUGUGGGAAAGGCUUCGGCUACAUCUCAGGUCUGCGAAAUCAUCAGAAAGUACACCUCAGUGAGAAGCCUUAUAAGGACGGGUGAGUUAAGGUCUCCAGUUAGGGCUCAGAACUUUUAUCUUCAUCUGGCAGUGAACAUGGAGAAGAACAAGGUGAACGUAUUCUGUAGGGAGGGCAGCAGUGGAGGCUGGCAUUUUCAUAGGCAGCAGCUAGUCCACAUGGGAGGAUC